ACCAGCGCUGGGUAGGCGCUCCGGUGCCCGCCGAGGACACUUCCUUCCUCGGCUGCGCUUUCCGAUUCUGCCUUUGGAGCGGCUAGACUGCCAGCUGUGGCUGCUCCAUCGGCCCCACUCCCCCUUACCUGCCUACUGCAUAUGAACUUUUGUUCCUUCUGCCUGGACAUUGUUGCCGUCGGAGUCGUCGAGAUCGUCGUGGUGCUCGCGUGAUGGCCUUCGUCCGUUUAGAAUAGUGUAGUUAGUUAGGGGCCAUCGAAGAAGAGAGAAGACGCGAAUAGUGCAGAGAUGCUGGAGGUCGUCAGUUACUAAGCUAAGGCAAGAUAGUGGAUAGAUACAAGCCAAACCUAGCCGGGGGCGCACGGUCGCCCACAGGAGGUCGACUUGCCGGCGCUUCCCAUCGCGCCGAGCUCCCUCUGUCCCUCCCUCACUCCGCCGAGGCGCGAGGUUGCGGCGCGCAGGGCAGCGCAGCGCACCGACUGCCGCGGGCUCCGCUGGGCGAUUGCAGCCGAGUCCGUUUCUCGUCUAGCUGCCGCCGCGGCGACCGCUGCCUUGUCUCCCUCCCGGACGCUAGUGGGUUAUCAGCUAAUACCCGCGAACAUCUGUAGCAUAGGCCAAACCAUGCUGUCCUUCAAAAAUUAUUAAAGGACAAAAUGAUAAAUGCAAUCUCUUAAUUUGCUUCUCUCAAUUUUAAACUGUGGUUUCUUAAGUCUGAAGAAAUCAUGGUGAAUCUGAAGAACGCAGUGCAUUCGUUCCUUGUGCACCUAAUUGGCCUAUUGGUUUGGCAAUGCGAUAUUUCUGUGAGCCCAGUUUCAGCUCUAGUAACUGACAUUUUUAAUACCUCCGAUGGUGGACGCUUCAAAUUCCCAGACGGGGUACAAAACUGGCCAGCACUUUCAAUUGUCGUAAUAAUAAUCAUGACAAUAGGUGGCAACAUCCUCGUUAUCAUGGCAGUAAGCUUGGAAAAGAAACUGCACAAUGCCACCAAUUACUUCUUAAUGUCCCUAGCCAUCGCUGAUAUGUUGGUGGGACUACUUGUCAUGCCACUGUCUCUGCUUGCAAUCCUUUAUGAUUAUGUCUGGCCACUACCAAGAUAUUUGUGCCCCGUCUGGAUUGCUUUAGAUGUUUUAUUUUCAACAGCGUCCAUCAUGCACCUCUGCGCUAUAUCGCUGGAUCGGUAUGUAGCAAUACGUAAUCCUAUUGAGCAUAGCCGUUUCAAUUCGCGGACUAAGGCCAUCAUGAAGAUUGCUAUAGUUUGGGCAAUUUCAAUAGGUGUAUCAGUUCCUAUCCCAGUGAUUGGACUGAGGGACGAAAGCAAAGUGUUCGUGAACAACACCACCUGCGUGCUGAAUGACCCAAAUUUUGUUCUCAUUGGGUCCUUCGUAGCUUUCUUCAUACCGUUGACGAUCAUGGUGAUCACCUACUGUCUGACGAUUCACGUUCUUCGAAGACAAGCUUUGAUGUUACUGCACGGCCACACCGAGGAACCACCUGGACUAAGCUUGGAUUUCUUCAAGUGCUGCAAGAGGAAUGCUGCCAAUGAAGAGGACUCUGGGAACCCUAACCAAGAUUCGAACCAACGCCGAAGAAAGAAGAAAGAUCGACGUCCUAGGGGCACCAUGCAGGCUAUCAACAAUGAAAGGAAAGCUUCAAAAGUCCUUGGGAUAGUUUUCUUUGUCUUUCUGAUCAUGUGGUGUCCGUUCUUUAUUACCAAUAUCCUGUCAGUUCUUUGUGAGAAGGCCUGUAACCAAAAGCUCAUGGAAAAGCUUCUGAAUGUGUUUGUUUGGAUUGGCUAUGUUUGUUCAGGAAUUAAUCCUCUGGUGUACACGCUCUUCAACAAAAUUUACCGAAGGGCUUUCUCCAAUUAUUUGCGCUGCCAUUAUAAGGCAGAAAAAAAGCCUCCUGUCAGACAGAUUCCGAGAGUUGCCGCCACUGCUUUGUCUGGGAGGGAGCUUAAUGUUAACAUUUACAGGCAUACCAAUGAACCGGUGAUUAAGAAAUCCAACGACAAUGAGCCUGGUAUAGAGAUGCAAGUUGAGACUUUGGAGCUACCAGUAAAUCCGUCCAAUGUAGUUAGUGAAAGGAUUAGUAGUGUGUAAGAAAGAGCAGCACAGUCUUUUCCUACACAAACACAAGCGUAGGAAAAUUUUCUUCUUUAAUUUUUCUGUUGGUUAUAACUAAUGUAAAUAUUUCUGUUUAAAAAACAGUGUUUUUAUAUAUAGCUUUGCAAUCCUGUACUUUACAAUCAUGCAUAAUAGUGAGAUUUAGGGUUCUAUAUUUACUGUUUAUAACAGAUUAAAAAUAACUUAUUUUGAUUUCUUGAUGAAUAGAAUGUUGAUUUUUUUCCUUUUCCCCCCUCCCUUCCUUCCUUCUUUCCUUCCUUCCUUCCUUCUGUCUUUCCUUUUUUUCUUUUCAUGCAUAAGAAAAUGUUGAUGUUUAUCUCAGGUGGCAUUUGCAGGAGACCAGAAUGAUGCACACAAUAGUGGUUAUAUUUCAACCACACCAAGAUUACCAAAUUCAGUGGAAUCUUUUUCCGGGUUAACAGUAAAUAUGUACUUUAAAUUCUUGCUCAGCUCAUGUACACACAUAAACACAGUAAAAUAAGUUCUGCCUUUUGACACUCUAUCACAUCUAUCAGUUAGUCAAAGGCAGAACUUAACCUUGUUGUUACAUAUAGGGGCAAAAUUUGACAUUGUCAGAAUGCUGUGUUGAUAUUUUACUGCAAUGUCUGUCCCCAAACAUAGUGGUAUUUUAACAUAGCAGCUGGUUAACCAGGACUACAGAAGUGGGAGGAUGAUAAGAGAUCUAUACACCAACAGCUUUUCACUUCUUACAAUGUUUAAAUUCUGAUUAGCAAUUCUGAAAAGCAAACUGGAUUUAGUGGUUUCAUUCUGGUCCUUAGUAAAUACCUAAUUCCAUGAUUAAACUGGGAAAUGAGAUCCCAGAGCUGUUCCCCAAUCCAGGAUUCAACAUCAAUUGGGUUUUGAUCUCAGGAUCCUGGAAAUUCGUGUGCUAUACACAAAGUUAAAUUAGCAUUUUGAGCCUUAUUAAAAUAUUUUCUUAAUUAUGGUACCUCUAUCUAUAGGACCUAAUUUCGUAGUCCAUUUUUGAGUAAAACUUGUAUUGCAAGCAUAGGCGAUCAAAACCUUGGAAGUUUGACUUGAUUAAGGACUACAGAAUUAGGCCCUUAGAAUGUUCAAAAAAAGUAAUUAAAAAAACACUUUCACUGAACUCUGGGAAUAACAGAAAUUCAGAGUUUCCAUUUGGAUUUUAAAUAAAAUUGAUCAUACUUUCAGAUCCUUCCAAACUCUCUAGUGCAGGAAAAGGCUGCAGCUAAUUUGUGAAAGUGGCAAGCUCUUCAUUGUACUGCAAUUAUGUACCAGAAGUUUAAACCUUUGUUAAAAUAUAGUGUUGUGUUACAAUAAGUGUUGGCCAUCGUUUCAUUCGUGGGCCUACUGCUCUCUAAGAAUUCAGUACCAUUUAAUAGUUUGUUAACCAUAAAAGGUUUUCAAGCAUUGCUAAAGUCAGACCAUUAAGUCUAUGCUGUGUGCAGAGUAUACAAGUGUUUCCAGUAACUAUUUUUCCAUGUGUGCCCAUUUCACACAACUGUGGAUAAAUUUCCGAAGAAUUCAUGAUGCUAUUUCUUACGCCUGACAGUUACUUGCACACCUUAGGGUGUGCCUCUCACUUUCUUAAAAUUGGCAACUGCAGAAUCUGAAUUUCUAAAACUCCUGGUGUGUGUCCUCAACACACAGCAUAGGUAAUUCGAACAGUCUGUCCCAGGGGCAGUGGGAGAGGUGCUGUAUUUGAGGAAACUCAUACAGUCUCCACUUGAUUUGCAACACUGCCAAACGUCAGUCAAUUGCUUGAGCAUGCCCAAAUAUAACACGAAGGUAAAGUCUACCUGCCUGUUAGCUCUGCUGAACUGCAUGUUAAAACAAUUAUAUGAAAUUGAAUGAGUUGAUCUAAUUCCUACUGAGAUGAAAAUGUCUGAAGAAACACAGCAUGCACUUAGUAUGAUUUCUGCCCAUACAGAUGGUGCCCUGCAUGUAUGCCAUGUAUGUUGCAUGAAUCCAUCGAUUUGUAUUGAUGUAGGGCAGGGUAGCUGAUAUAAGAAGAACUAAAGAAAAUCCUUCAGCAGUCCUUAAAGAGAUCACACAUUCAGAUGAGAAGGAUUGUCAGUAUUAGUGAAAAUUGGAAACAUCUGAUUUCUUAACUAUCAGGGCACGCUCAUAGCACAUGUUUUACAAAGAAAUAAAGUAGAAACCGUGAAUUUUCAAAAGCACUAGCAAUAAGUUGAAUGAUAAUAGCUUAUAGCACAUUUGUUAAUAAUUCUUAUGUCAUCAAGUAGUAAUAAUAGUACCCAACACAAUAAUUAUCUUCAAAUUGUGUGCUAUUCGUAAAUUCUGUGCAGUUUGGUAUGAAACAAAUAUACUCAUUUGGAUAUAAAUCUUACAGUUCGGUGUUAAAUCUACAAACUUUUAUAGAUGUUUUAAAAAAAGUCCAUGUGAUAAAUGUAAACAUGGUGAAUUCACUGUCAAAUAAAUCAUUUUGAUGUACUAUUAUGUAUACCUGUUUAAGACACGUGCAAUAGACUGCCGUAUAUUAUUUCCUGUAAAUCUUCUCCUUCUUCAAAUGGUACUUUUUGUGAAUGGUUGCAAAGCGUUGUCUUAUUCCUGGUUCCUGUGUGUUAUCCACUGCAGAUUUUUGUGAUACUUCUUAUUAAUUUAUUAAAUUUAUUAAAUGUUG